UAAAUUGCAACCAUCAUGGAAGUCAAUCUACUUUACUUGCUUACCGUGGUAGCCAUCCUGGUGGUAAUCUACCGCCGGGUGACGAAGCACUUGAACUAUUUCCACGACAAACCGAUCCCUUCGAUGGCUAGCUAUCCACUUAUUGGCAGCACUGCUCCACUGGUACUGAAGAAGAUCUCCUUCAACGAUUUCAUCAAUAAGAUCUACAACAAGUACCCGAACGCGAAAGUGUUUGGACUGUUCGACAUGUCGAUGAAGAUGUUCGUCAUCCGAGAUCCGGAGCUGAUCAAGAAGGUCACCGUGAAGGAUUUCGAGCACUUUAUCAAUCGACGGCCAUUGUUUGGCGACAGCAAGAACGGUUACGACAACGAGAAGAUACUGUUUACUAAAACGUUGGUGGGAAUGACCGAUGAAAGGUGGCGCAACAUGCGAGCGAUCCUCAGUCCGGCGUUUACGGGAAGCAAGAUGCGUGCGAUGUUUGAGUUGAUCGUUGAGUAUAAUAACCGGAUGGUGAAGAUAUUGAAGGAACAAUCACAGGAUACGGGUUGCGUGGACUACGACAUGAAGGACUGUUUCUCGAGGAUGGCGAAUGAUAUCAUUGCAACGUGCGCCUUUGGAUUGCAAGUCGAGUCGCUGAAGAGUCGUGAGAACGAGUUCUACGUGAUGGGAAAGAAGAUGAUGAACUUCAACAGGUUGACUGUAUUGUUCCGGAUGAUAGGGUUCAGAUUCUUCCCGAGAUUGAUGACGAAGAUGGGUAUGGAUAUUGUUGAUAAAGAGCAGAGUCAGUACUUCUCGAAGAUCAUCAAGGAAGCUGUGAAGGCUAGGGAGACUCACGGGAUCGUACGCCCGGACAUGAUUCAUCUGUUGAUGCAGGCGAGGAAAGGUAUUCUGAAGCAUCAACAGGAGACAGCCGAAGCCAGUGCCGGGUUUGCGACGGUUGAGGAGUCGGACGUUGGCAAGACCGUUAGCAGUAGGGCGAUGACCGAACCGGAGUUCAUCGCUCAGUGUUUGAUCUUCUUCCUGGCUGGAUUCGAAACAAUAUCGAACGGAAUGGUUUUCAUGGCGUACGAACUCGCCAUGAACCCCGAUGUACAGCAGAAGCUGUACGAAGAAAUCACGGAAACGAACAGGCAACUCGGUGGGAAGCCACUGACCUAUGAUACGCUGCAGCAGAUGAAAUACAUGGACAUGGUGGUUUCGGAAUCCCUCCGAAUGUGGCCAGCACCAGCAUUCGAUCGGAAGUGUGAGCAAGACUACGUGCUGGAUGAUGGUGCCGGGCUGAAGUUCACCAUCAAUGCAGGAGCUGGCAUCUGGAUUCCGGUGCACGGUAUUCAUCACGAUCCGAAGUACUACCCCAAUCCGGAGAAGUUCGACCCGGAGCGAUUCAGCGACGAAAACAAGGCAAACAUUGACAUGGCGAUGUACUUGCCGUUUGGAAGCGGUCCGAGAAACUGUAUCGGUUCGAGGUUUGCCUUGAUGGAGAUGAAAGCAAUCAUGUUUGCGCUGUUGUUGAACUUCAGCAUCGAGAGGAACGAGAAAACUCAGGUGCCGUUGAAACUUUCGAAAGGAUUCGUCGGUUUGAGAGUGGACAAUGGGCUGCAUUUGAGGCUGAAGGUUGGAUACCUCUCAGCACGGUCCGUAUCUUGGUUCAGUUCAGUGCCUGUCGCCAUUGGAAUCACAGCAACCAUGGAAGUGAAUCUACUCUAUCUGCUCAUCGUGGUAGCCAUCCUGGUGGUAAUCUAUCGCCGGGUGACGAAGUAUUUUGACUAUUUCCACGACAAACCGAUCCCCUCGAUGGCCACCAAUCCGCUGUUCGGAAGCACUGGCCCACUGAUGCUGAAGAAGCUCUCCUUCAACGAUUUCAUCGGAAAGGUCUACAACAAGUACCCCAAUGCGAAAGUUUUUGGAAUGUUCGACAUGUCGUCGAAGAUGUUCGUCCUGCGGGACCCGGAGCUGAUCAAGAAGAUUACCGUGAAGGAUUUCGAGCACUUUGUAAACCGACGGCCAUUGUUCGGAGACAGCGAUAAGGACGACGGCAACGAGAAUAUCCUGUUUAGUAAAACUUUGGUUGGGUUGAACAAUCAGCGGUGGCGCGAUAUGCGAGCGAUCCUCAGUCCGGCGUUUACUGGAAGCAAGAUGCGUGCGAUGUUCGGACUUAUCGAAGAGUACAGUGGGCGAAUGGUGAACAUAUUGAAGGAACAAUCACGGGACACCGGUUACGUGGAUUACGAGAUGAAAGAUUGCUUCUCGAGGAUGGCGAACGAUAUCAUUGCAACGUGCGCCUUUGGUCUGCAAGUCGAGUCGCUCAAGAGUCGUGAGAACGAGUUCUUCGUGACUGGCAAGAAGAUGAUGAACUUCAACAGGUUGACCGUACUGUUUCGGAUCAUUGGGAUAAGAAUCUUCCCGAGCUUGAUGGUGAAGAUGGGUGUUGAUAUCGUAGACAGGGAGCAGGCCCAGUACUUCUCAAAGAUCAUCAAGGAAGCUGUGAAGGCUAGGGAGACUCACGGGAUCGUACGACCAGACAUGAUUCAUCUGUUGAUGCAGGCGCGGAAGGGUGUUCUGAAGCAUCAACAGGAGACUUCCGAAGCCAGUGCCGGGUUUGCAACGGUUGAGGAGUCAGACGUUGGCAAGACAGUUAUCAGUACAAUUAUGACCGAACCGGAGUUCAUCGCACAGUGUUUGAUCUUCUUCCUGGCAGGAUUCGACACCGUAUCCACCGGAAUGGUAUUCAUGGCGUAUGAACUCGCCUUGAACCUCGAUGUUCAACACAAACUGUACGAAGAAAUUGCGGAAUCGAACAAACAACUCGGUGGGAAGCCGCUGACCUAUGAUACACUGCAAAAGAUGAAAUACAUGGACAUGGUAGUCUCGGAGGCCUUGCGAAUGUGGCCAGUUGCGGCUUUUGACCGAAAAUGCGUCCGAGACUACGUGGUGGAUGAUGGUGCGGGGCUGAAGUUCACCAUCGAUGAGGGAGCCUGCAUCUGGAUUCCGGUUCAUGGCAUCCACCGGGACCCGAAGUACUACCCCAAUCCGGAGAAGUUCGACCCGGAGCGGUUCAGCGACGAAAACCGAGCAAACAUUGACAUGACGAUGUACCUGCCGUUUGGUAUUGGGCCGAGAAAUUGCAUCGGUUCGAGGUUUGCCCUGAUGGAGAUUAAAGCAAUCAUGUAUGCGUUGUUGCUGAACUUCAGCAUCGAGAGGAACGAGAAGACUCAGGUGCCGUUGAAGCUUGUGAAGGGGUUCACCGGAUUGGGCGUGGAAAAUGGACUGAAUUUGAGGUUCAAGUUGAGGAAGUAGAA